AUGGCGGUAGAAUCGACAGAGCCGUCGUUUUUAAAGUACGAGGAUCGGAUUCAGGAGGGUGACACCGUCAUCGUCUACGUGACGUACGGACAAAUGGUGCCGAUGGUGGUGAAGCGCGGACAGACCCUCAUGAUGAAGUACGGAGCGCUUCGACACGAAUUUGUCAUUGGCAAGAGGUAUAGAAACGAUUUUGACAAAAAAAUCGGUGGGAAUCGGUCGAAAAUUGAUUGUUCAAUCCAAGCCCAAGAAGCGUGCAAAGUAUGGGUUCGAUCGAGUAGUUGCACCUUUUCCCAGCCCUGGUUUUUUCGCCGAAUCCCCAUCGCUUUCAUUUUCGAAACUCAAUCGGUUGCAGAUGGGGUCAACGUCUGUCGGCCACCGCUGGUUACGUCUACAUCCUGCGUCCCUCGUCGGAUCUGUGGACCCGCUGCCUGCCCCGCCGCACGCAAAUCCUCUACACGGCCGACUGCGCACAGAUCCUCUCGUUGCUCGACUGCCGGCCCGGAUCGGUGAUUUGCGAGUCGGGCACCGGGUCCGGGUCCCUUUCGCACGCGAUCGCACUCGCCGUCGCCCCGAACGGACACCUCUACACGCACGAUAUCGACGAGAGCCGCACGAAGACAAUGCACGACGAGUUCAAGGUUCGUCUAGGGUUCUCUUGGACACCAUCUUCUUUUUUUGCGUUGUUUGGGCCUCGCAAUUGAGCUGAAAUCAGUUGAAAUUCGAAAAAAAAGCAAUUGCAGACGCACGGCCUUUCGGAAGUGACGACGGCGGUGGUGCAGAACGUGUGCACGGACGGCUUCUUCGUGUCGAACUCGUGCGACGGCGUGUUCCUCGACGUGCCGGCGCCCUGGGAAGCGAUUCCCCACGCCGCCCGCGCACUUUCCCGGUCCCGCGGCGGCCGUAUCGUCUCGUUCAGUCCGUGUCUGGAGCAAGUGCAACGGGCGUGUCUCGCCAUGACCGCCGCCGGAUUCGUGUGCAUCGAAACGAUCGAAUUGGUGCCGGAGACGAAGAAGAUUGUCGCGCAGCACACACAGACGCUCGAGCAGUUCGAAGAGCAAGGCGACGCGUACCCGAAGGAGACCGCCCGGAAACGGAACUGCGAGGGGGACGUCCUGCCGGCUGAGUGAGUAACUUGAUUUCUGUGGAAAAAAGUGAAGGCGAAAACCAGAUUUCGAGAUUUGUCUGUUUCAGUCAUUGUCUAAUUACAGAUCGACAACAGAGGUGCCACGUGUCACGACGGCGAUCGUCUAUCCGUACUCGCAACCGACGCACACCGGAUAUCUGACACACGCGACACUUCUUCCGGUUCCGGAAAUUCAAAAUUGA